CAAAUUGGCGAGCUACCUAGUUAUUCAAGCACACUCGCCGCCAGCACUGAGCGGUUACUAUUUUCGAGAUGUCUCAUCUAGCUACGAUCCAGAGCCUGGGGAUUCUUUUUCUCGAACAUACGAUACGGAACGCUCAGUCCGCGGUUGGAUGGAGAAUUGCAAAAUGUGACGAUGUCGGUAUGAAGGAGGCUUGGUGCAUGCCGUUAUCGAUUUUUGUGAAUUCGGAUGCCGAGGUUGGGGCUGAGGGACGAGGCUGUGUGAACGACCAUCUACGCCCAAGCAUCAGACGAACGCUUCUCUUGUGCGACGUGACGGUUUGUCGAAUCGAGAAAAUUCUUCGGUGUCGCACGAUCAGACUACAGCUUCUUGUCAUCUACCGCUCGGCUAUGCCCAUACUUAGAAUGUGUGGGUAAUGAAGCGCGGAAACCUCUUGCAUAUUCCUGUCUCUGCUAUUGCUCCGGGGCGCGUCAGUUCCGUUCCGACCGCAAGCGGUGCAGUCUAGCGCUUUCGAAACACUGCUACAGCUUGUCAGGCAUCGAUCUUCAACGUUCGCCAGAGGCACAGUAAUGGCCGGCAGCAGUUCGCGGGCGCUUCUCAUGGGAGCC